AUGACUGGGUCUGCUUCACGCCUUUGGCUCUCGGAAAGUGAGGUUGUCACUUGGGGAGACGAUUCUGAGGGCGCGGACAGCUCCAAGGUACGCCAAGAUCUGCAUGAUGUCGUGGAUGUCAAGUCUUCACACUCCGCCUUUGCCGCCAUUCGCCAGGACGGAAGUGUCAUCACCUGGGGUGCUGGCAAUUUUGGGGGACUUGGAAUCCUGGCCAAGGAUGAGUUGCGAGAUGUGAAGGAAAUUGAGUCUUCCUAUGCCGCAUUUGCAGCAAUUCGCGGCGACGGGACUGUCAUUGCUUGGGGCGAUGACCGCUAUGGAGGGGAUUGCAGCAGCAUCA